AUGUCGGCUACCAACGGCACAAACGGCCAUACCGAACAUCGGCGACCGCUCCCGUGCGGUAUCUACGCGCCGACGAUGACCUUUUUCGACCCCGAGACCGAGGAGCUCGACAUCCCUACGAUCAAGAAGCACGCGGAGCGCCUGGUUCGUGACGGUCUGGUCGGCCUCGUGACCAUGGGCUCGAACGGCGAGGCUGCUCACUGCACACGUGAGGAGAAGCUUGCCGUUACCAAGGCUACCCGAGAGGCGCUGGAUGCGGCGGGCUUCAACAGCACGCCCAUAAUCAUUGGCGCAACCGAGGGCAGCGUCAAAGGCACCGUUGAGCUCAGCCGCUUGGCCCAGGCGGCCGGUGCUGACUACACCCUGCUUCUGCCCCCCUCGUACUUCCGCGCCCAGAUGGACGAAAACGCCGUCUACAACUACUUUAUCGAUGUCGCCGACGCGAGCCCUUUGCCAUUGGUCCUGUACAACUACCCCGGUGCCGUGUCUGGCAUCGACAUGGACUCAGACCUGCUCAUCCGCCUGGCCAAGCACCGCAACAUCGUCGGCACCAAGUUUACCUGCGGCAACACGGGCAAGCUGACCCGUGUGGCGUUGGCGACCAACGCCAAGACGCCUUCGUCGGAGGGCUCGGGCUACAUGGCCUUUGGCGGUAUGUGCGACUUCACCGUGCAGACGCUCGUCAGCGGUGGCAGCGGUAUUAUUGCCGGCGGUGCCAACGUCAUGCCUAAAGUGUGCGCGCGCGUAUGGAACCUGUAUGCCGAGGGCAAGACCGAGAAGGCCGCUGCGCUGCAAAAGGUGCUGUCGCGCGGUGACUGGUUCCUGACCAAGGCCGCCGUGGCCGGCACCAAGCAAGCUAUCCAGUCGUACUUCGGCUACGGCGGCUACCCGCGCCGGCCGCUCCCGCGCAUCGACGACGUCCGUGUUAGCGCCAUCGCAGAGGGUAUCGCCGAGGUGAUGGCCGUGGAGAAGUCUCUGUAA